ACCCACAAAGCGUCUGCCUGAAUAGACGAUCUUUGACUUGGAACGGAAGUGGGCCGCUGUAGUGACAGGAAGUGGCUUCUGCCGAUACUUGUUCGUCCCUUUUAUUUGCAGAAUAACAAGCAGCAGACGAUUUAUUUCACUAUGAGUGCUGUUGUACCCAACCAUCGAAGGACCAAGCCUGGUGGAAUAAAGCCAGGAGCGGCGGCCAGUGGUGUGACGGGACCAACCUCUCAGAUCCCUGGUCUGUCCCAGACUGCUGCCGAAAGCACACCUGUCGAGAGGAUCAGUGGACGGCGGGUUGGCAUCUUUGAAUCCGAUUCGGACUAUGUUAAGCUUGCAAAGCAAGGGGGGCAUAAAGGGCUUUUGAGCCAUGACGCUGAUGUGGAUGACAAACCGAAGAUGGCCUACAAUCCCAACAACUGGUUUGCAGGUGACGACUCAAACGGCGGCAGCAAAGCAACGUCUCCCAACAGCCAGGCGAAGGGCGGCAAGCAGCUGCUUGCACCAUUUGGCACUGAUAACAGUUCAUCCUGGGAAAGGGAGACUGAUAUAUUUACUCAUGAUAAAGAUAAGAUGUCUCCUGAUGAUGCUGCCACUCAGGUGGAGGGGCUGCCUGUGAGCAACAACUACAAGAGAACGUCUCACAAUAAGAAAGUGGUCCCUGUCAGCAUGUCCAAGCUGCUGAGUCACGGCUAUGUGGAAGACAAAAAGAAGUCUCCCAAUGAUGACGAUGCCUCAAGUGUGACCUCAGAGCAAACUAGCACCGUUGCGACUGAAGAUGUGGACGACCUGGAGUAGUGCCACAAUUUGCCGUUCUCACAUUCACUCACUCUUCUUGCACAUCCACUGACUGUACUCGUUUAUGCAGAGGGAUGAGCCCUUCCAUUGAUUUGCUUUGGUUUGGAUAAAGCAUUUAAUUGAGUAGAUGUGACGCUGUUGUUUUGUUUUUGUAACGCAAUUGCUCGAUUUUACUGGUAACUUGCAAGCCAUGUGGAAAACUAUCUGGUUCUCAUCUAACAUGUUUCCACCUUUAAGCAUGCUUUUGAGCUGCUCAGUUUGCCGGCCUUACUGUGUGAAGAUCGAGCAAGUCGGUUCUUAUAGUGUUUGUGCUAAUUUAUUUAAGUUCAAGUGAAGUAAAAUAAAAUCUGUGUUUGAGCUGCUGGUGCGAGCUGACCGCAAAGUCGCUCUUACGAAGUGAUGGUUAGUCUUUGUUCAAUACUGUAUUCCCCCGAUGUCUCAUGUUCUAUCUGUAAGCAGAAUAAAAAUGAGUCAAAUUGCAGUUGUAGAUAUGCCUGUGCCAAAGAUUUAACGGCAGCCUGGUGUUACUUAUUAAUUGUAAUAACCAACCACUGAUGAGACAUUCUUGGGGAUAUUUUGCAGACAAACAAGCUAAACAUGCAUUGAACAUCCCUGUAAGCGCAGUUGAAACUUGAAAGUGUCUUUUGAAUGUACUAAUCAAGCAGAUGGACCCUGCUCAUGCAGUGUUUGGAUUUCAUAACAAACCUUCCAUCCAACCACAUGCUUCCUCAGCGGAUGAGAGUAAAUCUGGAAAGAGGCCACUUAGUCAUAAUGCAAGUAUACUUAGACUAUCCCAAAACAUUCCUAGAUUUCUGUCUUUUCUCUUCUUGAGUCACAUUGACUGCUUUUAAUUUUCUUCAAGCGUCAAAUGUAUAAACCUGACAGUGAUGAGAACAUCCAAAUUCUGCCAGGACCCUCAAUGUUCAAAUAGAAAAAAAAAAAGAAGCCUUUUUUGAAGACAGAAAGGAACACAACUGUCAUGUUAUUAAAAAGUGCGUCUGUAUGAUGUUGUGAUGCCACGGGUUUCAGCCAUACAAGAAUGGUGACGUUUGGCCACUUCUGAUAAUCUCCUUUGAAGCACAGUUCUACUUUUAUUUACUGUUCAUGUAUAUCGCCAGUUGAACUCUAAGAAGUUGGUGCUUUAGGACCAAUUUGUCUAUCAGUGGAUUUUGGUCUGCUCACACUUGUUAAAGGAAAAGGAAGAAGACAGUGUUUAAAUGGCACACACAUUCCUGGAGGGAUACAACAUAGUGUGAUACCCUGCACACACACAUUUCAUUUCAAUAAAUGGGCAUGUGCAUGUAC